AUGGAUCCCAUGGUGAGACAUGGCGCAAUGAUGAUCUUCAUGGCCUCUUUGUUGUUGAUGAAAUGUUCAGCAGCACCAAUGCAUUGCCACUUCAACUCCCAAGGUGAGACCAGGCCUCUGUGUGAGUAUGAUGGGAAGCAGUACUCUAUGGGAGAGAGCUGGAUGGAGCAGGGCUGUGUGCAGUGCACCUGCCUGCACCCUAUGGGAGUGGGAUGCUGCGAAACGGUGCAUCGGCCUGUGGACUUUCCUCCCUGGUGUGAAGUUCGAGUUGAAUCUCUGACCUGCCAGGCCACACUGGUGAUGACCUCUGAUCCUCGCCUGCCCUGUAUUCCUGGAGAAGAGAACAAUGUUGAUCCAAGACAUGGAGCACUUAACAUGAAACUAGAAGGUUAG